AUGCUGGGGGUGCAGACGACAGCAAUCCGCACUGGGUGCGCCAUGUGCGAACGCCGUGGAAUAAAUUGCAAUAACCCCCGCAAGGAUUGUAGCACCCAGCCCAACCAGCGGAAUGGCCUUAAAUUAUCCUGGCCAAGGGCAAACGAUACCCGCAGAUCCGUGGUCUUAAAGGCGUCACAACCGACGCAUCUCCAGGGCUCAGCGCCGCCGAUAUCAGAUGCUAGCUUCGUUCACACAUCGAGUUGGGAUAUGGAAUUGUACCACAGUCUGUCGAGUUCGGCGUCGGUGCAUGAUUCGUCUAAGAUGAGAGUGCCGUUGCCGUGGACGGGGGUGAAGUUGGAAACGCCGGAGCGGGAGUUGAUUGAGUAUUCAUCCGCAUCACUAGCUACCUUUGGCUACGACGCCAUGGCCCUAGGGAACAUUCUAGUCUAA